GUGCUCGGGCUUUCGCAAGAGUCCGCGAGUCGUACGUACGAUCGGACGUAUAAGGUUUGUGUGGUGAACGUUCGUCGUCGCGGCUUCGUCUCACGCGGGAGAGAACCAACAAUAAUCCUCAAGGAAAAUCGGUACCGGUGCGUGCCGAUACUUCGUCCACGUAACCAGCGUUUCUACCGGAGCGCCGAGGGAUUAUCUUGUCCCACACAGAUUCCCGGAAUCGUUUAACGAAGAGAAACUUCGCACGAAGAAAACUAGGAAAAUUGUGUGAAGUUCAAAGAACGUUGAAAAUCGCGUAGAUGUUGAAAUUCACGUAGCGUCGGAUUUCCGGAGGAUCGAAGUCGAAAUCAUCUCGUUCGGUGACCGCAUUCAUCAGCAAGCUGGAUUUCCCGCACGACGCCGAGUUCGCGGUCGAAGGUGUUUGCUCGCCAGGAUGAUGUACAUAUAGUCCUGGUGUACCGUGGUUCCAGAUGCAACGAGAUCGAGAAAUUCUUCGUUAUACGUAACAAUUUUGUUUCUUCGUGCGAUUGAACCGAGCGAUCGAUAACGACGCGCGCGCACACACACACAGUGACGAUCUCGGUUGAAAGUCGGUUGUUGUAACGCGCCAGAGAUUGGACGUCUCUGUAUAUCACGACGCUAGAUUUUAACUGUCGCGGCUGAGCGAAAUUUGACAGUCUACAGACAACAUGGAUUUGUUGUGUUACACAUGGAUCUUGAUGCUUUCAGCUUUAACACGCAUCGAAGGGACAUUUAAAGUAUCAACGCAGGACUUGAAAGUAUUGGUCAAUCAACAGAAAUCAUUUAACUUAUCUCUUACGGAUUCUUUACCACAGGACAAAGUUGUAAGAGUUACAUUGGACAUACAGCAUGUCGACUUGCUAUCCGCAAAUCCAAAUAACUUUACUGUAUCCCAAGAUGAGAGAGAAUGGAUUAUUGAUGUAAAAGGUCUUAGCGCAGGCCAUUCAAUUGUCAGCGCUAACGUAACGCCUAAAAAUGUGACAGAUUUUUCUGAAGCAUUUGUCAGAGUAACGAUAGAAAAAUCCGAAUCGCUUUAUCACAUUAGCGCGGUGGUAGGUUGGGUAUAUUUCUUAGCAUGGAGCGUGAGUUUUUAUCCACAAAUUUACAUAAAUUAUAAACGCAAAAGUGUUGUGGGACUUAAUUUCGAUUAUCUGUCGUUAAAUCUCGUCGGUUUUCUAAUGUACGCAUUGUUCAAUUGUGGUCUCUACUGGAUACCCGAGAUUGAGAACGAGUAUUUUAGACGUUAUCCGAAAGGUUUGAAUCCUGUACAAAUUAACGAUAUAUUUUUUGCUAUUCAUGCGGUAUUCGCUACUGCGAUAACUAUCGGACAGUGUUUUAUUUAUGAGAUCGGUACUCAAAGAGUGUCAACGACCGCACGUAUCAUACACGGGAUAUUUUCAGUCUUUAUAUUAAUAUCGUUGAUAUUAUCUUUCGUGAGGACAAUUCACUGGUUGGAUUUUCUUUACUACUGUAGCUACGUAAAGCUCAGCAUAACGCUUAUCAAAUGUAUACCCCAAGCGUAUUACAAUUAUAGAAGAAAAUCCACUGUCGGUUGGAGUAUAGGAAAUAUAUUUCUGGAUUUUACCGGUGGUAUUUUGUCAAUGCUACAGAUGAUACUCAACGCUUACAACUACGACGAUUGGGAAAGUAUUUUCGGAGAUCCGACUAAAUUCGGUCUUGGAUUCUUUUCCGUGGCGUUUGACAUAUUUUUCAUAAUACAGCAUUACGUUCUGUACAGAUAUAGCGAUGAGAAGAUGAUUGACCUGAAGGGCAGAACGUAACAACUAACUUUGCGGCAAAAAUAGAAUUUUUCAUCGUUGAAUUUUUUACGUUUUUUUAUAAUUCAAUAUUUUUUAUACGUGUAGUUUUAUAUUUUUUCCAUACAUUUUCAUGAAUAUUUUAUACACAAAUCUGUCAUUGUGCCAGAUAUGUAGGACAUAUAAGAUAUUAUACACACACACACACACACACACACACACACAAUGUGUGUAUGCGUGCGAUAAGUACAUGCAUGUGUGUGAUUAUCCGCAAUAGGCACGUUUUUUUGUAUAAAUCUCUAUUUUUUUUUAAUAGUAAUAUUUAUUUUGAAGACAUUCCAUUAUUGUGAGUUCAAUAUUUAUAAUAUAUUAAUGGAAUAUAUUAUUAAUUUUAUAUUAUUUUAUAUUAUUAAUUUGGCACAACAUCUUGCAAUCGGUUCUUUUGGCCUCACUCUAUUCCAUUAUUAUUUUAAUAAGAACCAGAGGAUAAUUCAUCUUAUUUCAUCUUAUUUCUAAUUAUUUAUAAUAUAUACAAAAAGAUGAAAAAGAUGUGAAACAGAAGUGUUUUUUUACUGUAUGAAGUGUAUUAUACAUAAUAUUAGGAUGUGUAGUUUUUUAUAUAAAGAAUUGCAAUGUGAUACGGAAAAUAGACGCAACUAGAGAUGUUUUUCGAAAGUAUUGAUGUUGUUAUCAUGCGCAAAAUAAAUAUAAUGCAGUUUAAUCGGUAAACGGCAGUAUUGAAUGUGUAAAAAUAAAAUAGAGAAAGAGAAUGCGAAAGAUAGAAAAUUGUUUUUAACAUAGGAAACUAUUAGUAAACUCAUGAAUACAUAUUGUUUCGAUAACAAUAUUUGUAGAUUGUUUUCGAAAUAUGCAAAAUAAUGAAACAGUAUUUAUGUAUAUUGAAAAACUAUAUUGUAAACACGUUUUUACGUUCACGUAGGAUAAGUAUCACUAUUUGAUCAUGAAGCAUGCAACUUUCACACGUUCACGGGACAUUUGUUAUCGUAUGCAAUUGAAGAUUUUUGUAAAUUGCAUGGCAGUGAAAGAUUUGGCGAGAUUUUAGGGGAUAUCUUUAAGGGUACUUUAAGAAACUGGAGCAACUAUUUGUUCAGAUUCCUUGGGACCACAGUAGGAUAGAAAAAAAAAAAAAAA